GGUAAGAAGUGACUAGAGGAGUUCCGAAUCGUACACUGUAAACAUGGCUGAAAAACUUCAGAAAGAGGAAUUGAUGGAGGAUUCUGAGGAGGGUGAAGAAUGGGAGGAGUUUGAUGAGGACACUGAGGACAGCCAGGUCACAUGUCUCUUCUGUUCCCAGAACUUUACUUCAGCCGAGGACACCUUUACACACUGUAGGACAUCACAUGACCUUGACCUUAUCAGGUGGAGCAGGCAACAUGGAGUAGACUGUAUUCAGUAUAUCAAAAUGAUUAAUUAUAUCAGACUCAAGAAACCUUCACCAGAAGAUGUCAAAUCCUCAUUCACACAAGGUAGCCUGCCCUGGGAGAACAAUGAUUUUAUGAACCCUGCAGAUCCCGAGGAUUUAUUACUGCAGUAUGACAUUGAAGAUGAAGAAGAUGGUGGCACAUGUGGAGUUAUGGGCCCUGGAGGAAGUAUAACUUUUGAUGGGCCUCCAUUAAAUAUAGAAAAAUUGACUAAUCAGAAGGCUGCUCAGAACAGUUCUUCAUCAGAGAUGAAUGGUGUCAGCCAGUCAGAAUUGGAGUCCACUUGUGCUCGUCUUAAAGACUCUGAAUGUCGAAUCAAACAUUUAGAGGAAGAGUUGAGCAGAGUUCUGGGAGACUUUGAGAAAGUGAAAAAAGUCACUCAAGAUCUGCUGAUGUCACAACCAACCCAGCCAAUUAAAUCAGAGAAUGCUGUACAGAUGUUGACAGAGGAUGAAGACGAUGUUUACUUUGGAUCUUAUGCACAUUUCAGCAUCCAUCAGGAGAUGUUAAAGGACAAAGUGAGAACAGAAAGCUACAGGGAUUUUAUGUACAAGAAUCCUGACUUGUUUAAGGACAAAGUUGUGUUAGAUGUCGGCUGUGGAACUGGUAUUCUCUCCAUGUUUGCUGCUAAGGCUGGGGCCCGAAAGGUCAUUGGGGUCGACCAAUCAGAAAUUGUUUAUCAGGCAAUGGACAUCGUUAGAGAAAAUGGGUUAGAAAACAUUGUGACUUUAAUCAAAGGACGGAUUGAAGACGUGGAUUUGCCUGUGGAUAAAGUGGAUAUUAUCAUCUCCGAGUGGAUGGGUUACUUUCUCUUGUUCGAGUCCAUGUUGGAUUCUGUACUUUAUGCCAGGGAUAAGUAUCUACAGCCAAAUGGAGUAGUCCACCCAGAUAGAUGUACGAUUGUGUUAGCAGCUCUAGAUGACCCUGACCUUCACACAAAUCAUGUGACCUACUGGGAUGAUGUGUAUGGAUUUAAAAUGACUUGUAUGAAAUCUGAAGUGAUCAAAGAAGCUAGCGUGCAGAUUGUCAAGGCAGAGAAAAUUCUGUCUGACCAUGUGAUCGUCAAGGACUUAGACACCUGCACAUGUUCCAUAUCAGAUCUACAGUUUUCACAAGACUUCACUCUCACAGUUUCUGGGGAGGGCCAAAUAAAUGCUGUAGUUGGCUACUUUGACAUUUUCUUUCAUAAAGGUUGUUCUAACAAGGUGAUGUUUUCCACUGGGCCACAGGCCACAUCCACUCACUGGAAACAAACAAUAUUCCUUCUAGAGAAACCAUUGAAAGUUACUACAGGGCAACAGGUCAAAGGUCACAUUGUUUGCAAAAAGAACAGACGGGACCCGAGGUCACUUGUAAUAUCAUUGACUUUAGAUAGUGUCACUCAGAAUUUCUUAAUGCAAUAAAUAAAAAAAAAAUG